AUGCCGAUUUCAAAGAGCAAUCAAGGCAAACGCUCCCGGAAUCAUCCAAGACAACCCCAAGCACCACCGAUCCGGCAAGAGAAAUGGGAACCAGACGGACCUUGCUUCAUCCAACACCUUCCAAAGGAUUUACUCAUUGAGAUACUCUCAUGGCUCCCAGCCAAGACCAUCCUGACUUGUAAGUUUGUCUGCAAAACCUGGCUUUUAGUAAUUUCUGAACCCCGUUUUAUAAGUCUGCACCAUUCAAGAUCUGCGGCUGGGAUCUUGAUCCAGGUCUGGGGUAGUCCAAGAAAUAGAAAUUUUGCUAGGAGACUGCUUUUCACUCAGGUAGAUAAGUGUGCUGGUGAUUCUGAUAAUUUGGUCAUGGAAAAAAUGACCUUCACUACUAAGAACACUGCACCCGUUAAUGUAUUUGAAGUGGCAAACUCCUGCAACGGUUUCAUUUGUUUGUGCGGUACACAAGUGAGCAGUAUGAUUGUAUGUAAUCCUCUUCUGAACGAGUACAUUACCGUUCUUACUACUAAUAAUAACAAAUUGGGAAAUUUGGGUGGACUUGGUUGGAGUUCAGUGACAAAUGAAUACAAGUUGCUGCGAACAUUUUAUCGAGCACCCGGUGAAAGGAAUACCCUUGAGGCUGAGGUUUACACUAUCGGUUCAGGAGUUUGGAGGAGUAUUGGAAAGGCUCCUACUGACAGGGUUGUGUUACCCUUCAAUGCUUUUCUGCAUGGAGUUCUUCAUUUCGCUCCUGUCUAUUCUACUGGUUCUCGCUUAAUACAUUGCUUUGAUUUUGAAAGAGAACAGUUUCGAGCACUGCCGCCGCCCUCAAGUGAUCAGCUGAAGUUGAAGUUUAACAUAGGUAGCGUAACUUUGGGAGUGUGGGAGACUUGUCUCACAUAUUGUGUGUCUGAUGUUGAUGCCACCAAAUUUGAGUUGUGGACUAUGAAGGAGUAUGGGGUUGGGGAGUCUUGGACAAAAGCUCUCGUCAUAGAGAACGUGUACCCAAGGGAGUUUUUAGCUGAUAGUUACGAACCGAUUUUGUUCUUGGCUGAUGGGGAAAUUUUAAUGGUCUAUAAUGAUCGGAUUAUAGUUCGUUAUAAUCCGAAAACAAAAACAUUCAAAAAAACCAAAAUUAUUCAGACUCGACUCAACUCAUUUCAGUCGGUUGCAUAUAGUCCCUGCUUUGAAUCACUUCUCAGGUCUUUUAAAGGAGAGGAGGUCAGGAACAUGAGAGGACAGGAAAACAAGCUCUUUGGUAGAGAAGUGCAUGAUUCUGCUGGCUAA